UUGUGGAUCAAUUUAUAAGGAUAAAUCAUUUCAAUCAAACCGAUAUAAAAGCCGUAAAUGGCUAUGAUAAUAGGAUAAUCGAGCUUCAGGUGAUGGAGUGUAUAGUAUUAAAUUCAUCGUUAAUCUCGCGCAAGAAGAAAAAAUCGGUCAACGACUUUCAGUCGGCGUGCAUACGGUGAGAAGAACUGAACACACGCGCCAUCACUAUAUUAUUGCGUAAGGCCAAAAUUGGCCCAUCAAAAAUGUUAAGCUGUGGUAGAGUUAUUGAACAAUUGUCGAAAGUAACAAGGCACGCACAUGUUAAUCAUUCCUAUCGAGCUUUAAAAUAUGUUGGCAUUUUCAGUGUUAAUAGAUUGUGGUAUAGUAAUAAUGCAAAUAAUAAGAAGCCAUAUAAGCCACCGGGUACUACGAUAAAACCGGAGGAAUGUGUACCAGAGUUUAGAUAUUCUAAUCCAAAGAGACCACUUCCAGCUUGUGAAGCUCAACGUGGUGGUACUUGCCCACCUACUUGUAGACCAGAUUAUACCCAAGAAGAUGGUAACGGGAAGAAUGGUAAAUUUCCAAAUUGGAAACAUUUACUGGCCACCUUGAUCAUAGCAGGAGUGACUAUAUAUGCGAUAUCUUCUACAGAAUGGUUUACGGAUAAAUUUGGUUCACAGCCUGACACAAAAAAAAAAAAAGAUACAGUGAAAAGAGAUAAAAGAUCAAAGGGUGUAGUAAAAUCUCCAGCUGUAUCCAAAGUAAUACCUCAAGAAGUACCUUACUUAUUAAUAGGUGGAGGAACUGCUGCAUUUUCAGCAUUUAGGUCAAUUAAAUCUAGGGAUCCCAAAGCUAAGGUUUUAGUAAUAAGUGAGGAAGAAAGUUUCCCAUAUAUGAGGCCUCCAUUGUCUAAAGAACUAUGGUAUAAUACAGAUAGGGCAACAAGUGCAAAAUUGAAUUUUAAACAGUGGAAUGGAACACAAAGGAGUCUUUUUUAUGAACCACGUGAAUUUUAUACGAAUGUUGACAAGUUAAUGGAAUUAGACAAGGGUGGAGUAGCUGUAGCAACAGGUUGGAAAGUAACCAAAAUUGAUGCUACAAAUAAGAUUGCUGUGCUUGAUGAUGGUUAUGAAAUCAAGUAUGACAAGUGUCUUAUAGCAACAGGUGCUUCGCCUAACAAUCUUCCUAUAUUUGAAUCUGCUCAGGAUGAAGUAAAAGAUAAAAUUAUAGCUUAUAGAACAGAACAAGAUUUUCUUGAAUUAGAAGAAAAUCUUCACAAUCCUAAUUGUAAAAAUAUAGUUAUUAUUGGAGGUGGUUUUCUUGGCUCUGAGCUAGCUUGUUCUCUUGCAAGAAAUUAUCAAGAUAAAAAGAUUAUCCAAAUUUACAAGGAAAAUUAUAUUAUGGCUCAAGUAUUACCUGAGUAUUUGAGUGAAUGGACAACAAAAAAAGCUAUGGCAGAAGGGGUAAAUUGUAUACCAAAUAUAGAGGUUGCAGAUUUUUCGUACAAAAAUGAGAAACUCAGUCUUAUCCUAUCUGAUGGCAAUGUAAUUGAUGCAGAUCAAGUAAUAGUAGGUAUAGGAGUUGAAGCAAAUACAGAUUUGGCAACAUCUUCAGAAUUAGAAGUACAUCCUAUUGUAGGAGGUUUUCUUGUUAAUGCCGAAUUAGAAGCAAGAAGUAAUCUUUGGGUUGCUGGAGAUGCUGCAUGCUUUUAUGAUGUUAGAUUGGGUAGACGAAGAGUAGAACACCAUGACCAUGCCGUAAUUUCGGGUAGAUUAGCUGGAGAAAAUAUGACUGGUGCAGGAAAACCUUAUUUGCAUCAGUCUAUGUUCUGGUCUGAUCUAGGACCAGAGGUUGGAUAUGAAGCAAUCGGUAUUAUAGAUUCAUCUUUACCAACUGUAGGAGUAUUUGCAAAAGCAACAGAAGCGGAUACACCAAAAGCAGCUCUUACUGAACCCACAGAUGAAGAGAGAGCUACAACACAGACAGAAACAGAAAAUACAGAAAAAACAAAUUCGCAAAAUGAUAUAGAAUCUUUAAAUUCAAAAAAUGAGAAUAAAAACAUGGAAAAGGAAUCUAAAAAACAUAGUGACUUUGAAAAAGGUGUUAUAUUCUAUUUACGAGAUGAUGUUGUGGUUGGCAUUUUACUUUGGAAUAUAUUUCAUCGUAUGUCCAUAGCUAGACAGGUAUUGGCAAGAGGUACAAAAUACGAUGAUCUAAAUGAAGUAGCGAAACUAUUUUCUAUUCAUGAUGACUAAUAACAUUGACUGCAGUGUGUGGUAUGUGUAUGACAAUAUUUUAAAGUCACUGUGCUGUACAUAAUUGAAAUGUUUAUAUAAAAGUCUCUAAGCAAUGUCACAUUAUAUAUCUGAGUUUAGAAUGUAUGGUAUGUACAAAUAUCAGUGAUAUUCCAUAGUAUACAUUGAGCAUUGUUAGAAGCAGUCUAUGAAAGCAUUUAUGAAAUACUCAUGUGAUUAUUGUUAUUAUUAUCAAUUAAACAUGGGUCUUAGCAAGUAAAAUAAGUUGAAUAAGAAACGUAUUGUACAGGAUAUUAAUAAUUGCUUAAUAACAUUGAUAAACAAUUUUGUUAAAGCAUUUUGUUUUACGAAAAUGGUUAUCUGUUUUUAUGAAAGCAAUCACACAUUAUUUAUAUAAACAUUAUAUGCUUUGCAAAGAAAAAUUUAUACUGUUUAUGCGAAUGUAAUUAGUUCCUUUUUUUUUCAUUUUCUUAUUGUACAUGUACGCACAGAAAUCCUUUAUAAAAAUUCUUUGCUGUUUUUCAUGAAAACAUUUAUAUGAUACUACCUUUAAAAAAUUCUUUCUUACAAUACAUCUGUAUAUGAAUAAUGAAUCUGUUUUUUUGUUUAAUAUCUUCUUCCAGUUUAUGUCAUUUAUUUUACAGUAUUGUUUUCAUCACUGGAAUAUAAUUUUCUUGCAGUCAUUAUAGGUAAUAUUUUAUUUCCAUAUCUCUUAGCUAAUUUAUCCAUGAAUAUGAUGUAAUCAUGACAGCGAUAGUCAUGUAGUACCUACAAGUAUACAUUUAAAUGUAAUUAUAAUUCUAACAAACUUACAUUACAAAGAAUAAAAUUUACCAUA